AUGUCAACGACGAUAUUUCCCUUUAUUCAAAACAUCAUGACUAAAUAUGUGAUGAGUAUUACCGUUAGUAUAGGUCUCAUUGGUAAUAUUUUAUGCUGUUUGAUAUUUUUCAAGCAAAUCCAAUCUCGAAUAGUCUCGGCUGUUUAUUUUUUGACGUUAUCCAUAUUCGCCAAUAUGUAUCUUAUUUGGUCUGUUACACCACUAUUCUACACACUCAAUUAUACAGAUCCGCAAACUCUAUCAGUAGUUUACUGCAAAAUGCGUCUAUAUUUCAGCCAUAUAUUUGGUUUAUACACACGUUAUUCAAUUGUAUUCGGUUGUGUGGAUCUAUUUUUAAUUACACAUAUAAGUUUUCGCGUUCGUUCUUUAAGUUCAAUGAAAAUAGCAUAUCUUUCAACGAUGUUUAUGUGUCUUUUCGGUUUAAUAAUAGCAUCACAUUUAUUAAUAUUCUUAGAUAUUCGUGGAAAUAUGUGUGGAUUGUUUGGUUUUUAUAAAUUCUUCUAUCCAAUCUAUCAAUUCAUUAUAAUUGUUGUCGUUUCAUCAGCACUAAUGAGUAUAUUUGGUUUUCUGGCUGUGAAGAAUGUUCAACAACGACAGAUUGCUCUAGGACGACUAAAGCGAAAAGAUCGAGAUUUAAUGAGAAUGUUAGUUGCUGAAGUUCUGAUUAAUAUCAUUGCAUCAGUACCUUUUGCAGCUAAUCUUCUGUAUAGUUCUGCAACUGCUUCUAUAGUAAUUAAGACUGCGCAACGUAUUGAAAUCGAUGCAUUUUUCAGUUUCUUCUCUCAAUUUAUGAUUCAAUUUAUUUUUAUUUCUCCAUUUUAUUUAUUUAUUAUGUCAUCGAAAUCCUUUCGACACGAAUUCAUACAAAUAAUGAAAACAUACUGGUAUAAAUGCUUUCGACAACCAAAUCGAGUAGCUCAUAUCAAUAGAUUUACUAGAAACUAA